GCGGCAACAGUCGAUUUUUUAAUCGCAGGCAGGCACCUUCGUCGUCUACCAUGGUGGUUGUCGGCAUAUGAAGGUCCAGAGGCCCUAUCCACCGGCAUGCCAGAAGAUACUUCUGCAGUAGUCGCGUGGAAGGGUGCCUGCCUGCGAUUCAAUUGAUGGCAGACAUGCACAAGAGAUUGCCUGUGCUGGUGCUCGCUGUGGUCAUCUUCCUGUUUGUCGUCUUCCUCCACGUGUGUUUGUCGUGCCGAUCGUGGAAGCAACGUCGCAAGUGGAGGGCGUCAACGAAACGGCAGGGAGGGGAACGUCCGAUGGCGGGUAUGCAGGCAUGCGCGGUUCUGGCUGCAGGUCAGGGCGGAAGACGACCUGCGAUGGCGGAGCCUCGACGGCGGUACGACCCAUCCAUGUACACCCAUCUAGAGUCGCGGGAGACGCCACUGCCCCCGUUGGACGAGGAGCCGGAGACGGAAGAACUUCCAACGUUGCCUCUCGCCAGCGGGUCGACGCAGCUGUUGUCGCAGACGGUGCGAGCAGGCGGGUCGGCUAGCAACGAAGGCGGCGAGUUCACCUCACUUCUGCACCAAGGCUUGGGAGAUGACGAAGAUGGAGGACUUGAUCUCAUGUUCGGGUUGUGUUCUGGCGGCGCUAGGGAGGCGAGCCGUACGUUCAUCAUCGACACCGAUCCUUCGCCACGUGGCCUUCAACAUGCUGGAAGUGAGCAUACGGAGCAGUCCACACUUCGUGGCGGUGCGUCCGUUACUGGCGAUGUCGGGCGAUCGGCAGCAUCCCGACAGCAUGGAUCGACUGCACCGUCCGCCAAUCAAUUGACAAGUACCUGGCCCGCGCGUACUGGAGUCGCAUCCGGGUCCCUGCGCAUCGGCGGUGCACGUCCUUCGAUGCCCAACCGCACAACGCCGGCCCAACCCGACCUGAGGGACGAGGGCGCCCGCAUACCACCGGUGCGUCCAGGACCCAUUGUGGAGAGCAUCACACGAGGAGUGUCAAACAUGCGGGCACACAGCGAUGGCAGCGACAACGAUGGCGGUGGUGGUGACAAUGCCGGUGAAGGAUUGAGGGAGGACGUGGAAGCAGGGGACGACGACGACGACAUUCCUAUUCGGCCUUUGGGGAAGACGGGUGGGAGGGGGAAAGGACGCAGCAUAGGUGCUGUUCGUGAUCGAUCCGUUAAGAGAUGCAAGCGGGAGCAAGAGAUGCACCUCGUCGGGCGGGGUCACAAUUACGGGCGGAUGCGGACCAAGGAGUGGAAGCGGGACGACAUUGCGAAGCGCAUGGCGAACGCGGAGAGGCCUAAAGACGCCGACGACUGCAUGAAGAAGUGGGACAAUCUCUUCCAAGACUACAAGAAGAUACAGAGGUUUCAGAAUGCCAGUGGUCAAGCAAAUUUCUUCAGGCUAUCGAAUGAAGAAAGGAAGGAGCACAACUUCAAGUUCCGGAUGGAGAGGGUGUUGUACAACGAGAUCCACACAGGCAUGCUGGGGAACCAUACAAUUUUCCCUCCCAAUGUCGCCGACACCGGCAGUCCGGACGGGUUGCAGCUGCCCAGGCGAGGAGCGAUUGGUGGGGAGUCUGUUGGUAGUGAGGCCCGUGGUGACGGCUGCCCUCAAGAACGUUCUUCAGCGAGGGACUCCGACAACAACGCAGGCAGUGGGGCUGGAGGCGGGAAGCGGAAGAAUGCGCGUCAACAGGCGUUGGAGUCGAUCGCUGAUGUCAUGGACCGCCAUGGCGAACUGAUGUCGGCGACGAUCGAUUCGUCUAGCAAGCGGCAAUGCAGCAUAUUCAAGAGGCAAUGCGAUAUACUCGAGCAGGAAGUUGCAGUCCAAAAAGCGCACUAUGCGGCGUCCGAUGAGACGCAGAGGAUGAUGUGCCACGCGCUUAUGGAGAUCACUUCCGCCAUCCGUGGUCGGUCGCCGACGUAGGCCGUUCGAUCGUGUGUUGAUUGAAGUCCAGUCAUUGCGUUCGUAGUUGGCUUAAUUUUUUAUUUUUUUUUUAGUUCACGGAUUCUUCUAUUGAG